CUCUCUGACAUAAUCCAUAUCCAAAAUAAUAAUAAUAAUAAUAAUAAUAGAAGCAUUAGAAACCCAUUUCCUCGUUUUGAAGUCUGGAUCUCCUUUGCUAGGGUUUUGCUCCAGCUUCCUCUCCAGCUCUUGAUUCAUCUUCACCCUGUCUUGUGGAGAUAACAGUUCAUAAGUUUUUAAGGUUUUUGGCUUCGUUUGACAAUGGGGGAUGCAGAAAAUUCCCUUCCUCCUUCAAAGAAGAGAGCUGCUGGAAGGGAGAUCUCCAGAGAUAACCCUGGUCUUGAUGAUGAUGACUCUGUCGAGCAAGAAACUGGGACUUUCAAGAGAGCCAGUGAUGAGAUACUGGCAGGCAGAAGAAUUGUGAAAGUUCGUCGCAACCAAACCACAUCAACUCCAUCAUCCAAUCCAUUUGCUAGCAUUCGCCUAGUUCCUCCUACUGAGCCAAUUGCAGGCACUGCUGUAGCCACAACUGAAGUAGUUAGUACUAGGCAGCAAAUUUCAGAAGAAGGGAAAAGUGAUGUUUGCGAGGAUGUUGAAAAGGGUAAAGGUGAGAAGACUGAGCUGUCAGAGAGUGAGAUUGAUAAGCCAGUGGCUGAAAGUGCUGAAGAUAAGAAGAAUGUUGUAGAUAAGGAGAAAAGUAAGGAACCAGAAGGAAAGACUGAUGAGCCUGUGGCUGAGACUGCUAUGGACAAGGAGAGUGUGGAAGAUAAGGGAAAUACCAAAGAUGAGCCAGUGACUGAAAUUGCUACAGAUAUGGAGAAGAGUGAGGAAUCAGAGGGCAAGGCUGAUGAGCCAGUGGCUGGGAUUGCUAUAGACAAGGAGAGUGCGGAAGAUAAGGGAAAUAACAGUACAGUCAAUGAGGCAACUGAAUUGAAGGUGGAUAAUGAGAAACCAUCGGAAGAUGAGACUGAGAAAGAAAAGGCUACAGGAGAUGAUGAUGCAGAAAAUCAAGAUAAGAAGGAUAAUGGUAAUGAAAAUGUUGAUCAAAGUUCUGAAGGUGCCCCUUUGAAUUCAUUCCAACAGCUUUCAAGUAGCCAGAAUGCUUUCACAGGGCUUGCUGGAACAGGGUUUUCGACUACUUCGUUCACCUUUGGUUCAUUUCCAAAGGAUGGCUCUGUAAUGGGUGGUGGUUCUGGUUCUCUGUUUGGGCAGAAAAAUGAACAACCUUCUUUUGGAUUCGGCCUCUCUAACAAUGGAAGUUCUUCACUGGCAUCUAUUGUCUCAAAGACAGAGGGAACUGGUUUUCCAUCUAUGCAGGAGGUUCCAGUUGAGACAGGGGAAGAGAAUGAAAGAGUGGUUUUCUCUGCUGAUUCAGUGUUGUUUGAAUUUCUCGAUGGUGGCUGGAAGGAGCGUGGAAAGGGAGAACUCAGGGUCAAUGUAUCUACCACUGGAGCUGAAAGAGCCAGACUUCUAAUGAGAGCUAGGGGUAAUUUCAGGUUAAUUCUGAAUGCAAAUAUUUAUCCUGAUAUGAAGCUUACAAAUAUGGACAAGCGUGGUAUCACUUUUGCCUGCAUGAAUAGUAUUGGUGAAGGUAAGGACAGCCUUUCCACUUUCGCACUGAAGUUCAAAGACAGUUCCAUUGUGGAAGAGUUUCGUGCAGCUGUCACUGCACAUAGAGAUAAAGCACCUGUAGCUCUGAAGACUCCAGAGAAUUCUCCGAAGGCUUCUGAUGAGUGAGGUGCCUCACAUUGAACCGCAUAAAAGUGUUGUACUGGAAACCGUUAACUGUUCUUCAUUGAAGAGAAGUAUUACUUUCAGGUUAUCCUGAUGCCUUUGUAGCAGAGUUUGAAAAGGUGCACUCCCCUUUUUGUUGUUGAACUUCGGUUUAGUCUUCAGGAGAAUGCUCCUUAUUUUAGGUUAUUACCUGCUUCAACUGCAUAAAUUUACAGCUGAAAAGACACGGAAAGUUUUAUAGUUGCUCCCUUGCACAAGGGAUACAUAUAUCGUAUUGCAUUGUUGCAUGUUGAAUGUUUACUGGACGUCCGGCAUGAAUUUAUCCUUUA